AUGCGCUUCUCAACCCUCAUCCCUAUGCUGCUUGCAGCCGGUGUUGCCAACGCCCAAUUUGGCGGCCAAGGUGGAAACAACGGUCAAAACGGCGGCAACAACGGACAGAACAACGGCCAGAACGGAGGCAACAAUGGCCAGAACAAUGGCCAGAACAACGGUCAGAACAAUGGCGGCAACAAUGGUGGUAACAACGGAGGCAACAAUGGCGGUGGUGGUGGUAACCUAGCCCUCAACCCUGCUGUUGUUCAAAAAGCCAGUCAGUCCGAUGGAUUCGACCAGGGCAAGGAAGAUGGACAAGCCGCAUCUCUCACUGACCAAGCCAACUUCAUCAACUUCUGCCAAGGCAAGACCCUCACCAACGGUCUCCAGGUCAAGGAGGGAUCCUGCAACGGUAUCGUCAUGGGUGAUAUUCCUGGUGUCGGCAACAUGAUCUCUGCGGUCUUCACUGACCCCAAGAACAAUGACAACAAGAACGCAGGCGAGCCGAUCGACUUCUCCGUCAAGAUCACCAACUUGGCGGCCGGGUCUUUCACCAACCCUGACAACACCUACUACGCCGCCCCACAGACGCUCCAGGGCGGUAAAGUCAUCGGCCACACCCAUAUCUCCGUCCAGGACAUGGGCAAUGACGCCAACAACCCUCCUGAUGCUCAGACCUUUGCUUUCUUCAAGGGUAUCAACGACGCUGGUGACGGCAAUGGUCUUCUCACUGCCAACCUUGCUGCUGGUCUCCCUGCCGGUAACUACCGUGCUUGCUCCAUUACCUCUGCCUCCAACCAUCAGCCUGUUGUCAUGCCUGUCGCUCAACGUGGUCCUCAAGAUGACUGUGUGAGGUUCACUGUUGGCGGCGGCGGCGGCGGCGGUAACAACGGUGGCAACAACGGUGGCAACAAUGGCCAGAACAAUGGACAAAACAACGGCGGUAACAAUGGUCAACAAGGUGGUCAGAACAACGGUCAACAGGGCGGUCAACAAGGAGGCCAGCAAGGUGGUCAGCAGGGCGGUCAGCAGGGUGGCCAAGGCGGCCAAGGAGGAGGUCAGGGAGGACAAGGUGGCUUUGGCGGCUUCGGUCGUGGUCGCGGUCGUGGUCGCUUCAACCGCCGCAGCUUCGCAGCCCGCGACUUCGUUGCUUGA